AUGGAAGAUUGGUUAACUAUAACGUGCAUAAUAAUUUGUAUAUUAUGUUUUCAAAAUAUUUAUGUACAAGUGAAACGACAAGGUUCAGUGCUUGUAAUAUACAGCGUAACAAGUUCGUUGUUAAGUUUGUCUUUUGUAUUGGCUGGAAUAUUCCUACCAACAAAAUUUAAAAUAGAAGAUGCAACCAAAACACAAUUUACGUGGUGCGGAAUAAGCGGUAUAUUAUUUUCCAUCAGUUCAGUGGCAAAUUACGGAAUGGCGUUGGCUCUGUCCGUUGAACUUUACGUAUCAUUACGAGUCACCAAUCCAGCCGCACGUAAAGAACCGUUGAUACAAAGGUUAAAUUUUGUACUGGCAUAUAUAUUACCAUCACUGUCUAUACUACUAAGUAUUAUAGUGUUGUUGGCGUAUGAUGAUAACGUAUUCGAGACAAUUGAUGCGGGUGGAAUAUGUGAAGUGUCAAGACAUGGUAAAAAUUUACUUGCAUUAUUUUUCUUAAGGACAUUGACCGAAUACCUAGCAAUCUUUCCAUCGUGUGUAUUAUCGGUAUUAUCAUUAAUACCAGUGGCCAAGGUUGUGUUUAAAAAUCGUAAAUUGCAAUUUAGUAUGACUGGACCAUGUUCGAUAUCCAAAGAAUCAACAAAACCAAACACCACCAUUACCACAAGAGCAGGUCCACCGCCAAAUUCAUCAACAUCAGCAAAUCACAAAUACCUUCUACCGCGUAAUGUUCUUAUACGGAUGGGGUUAUGGUGCAGUUUAUUGAUUCUGUUGGGAAUACCGACAUCGGUGAUUGUGCUAUACCGAAACAUAAAAAACCUAACAGAUCCGACCAAUACCGAUUUAUCAUUUUAUCUUUCGCCUGGUCAAACUGAUUUCUUGGCAAUUUAUGGAUUCACCUUGCACAUGGUAUUAUCAAAUGGGUUGUUCUUAUUAUGUUUUGGUACCGGAAAAUUUGCUAAUGAACAAUAUCGAAUUCUUUGGACUACAAUAUUACAAAAAAUAUUUUUUUGUUGUCGACCAAAAUCACGUAUUCCAAGACAUUCGAUCAUCUCAUUACCUGAAGUAGCCGCAGCUUAUGGAGCUAAUACAACAUCGUCAGGAUCCAUAAUAAUAAACACGAUUGCUAGGACAAUGACAGUCAACUCAAAUUCUUCAUCACUUCGUAUAAAAGGAGGAGGAGGAGAUCGUGAAAAGGUUGAUAACACAAAUGAUGAUGGAGAUGGCACAGAAAAUAGAACGACAAGAAUCGUAAUAAUCGUAAUAGUUUUAAUAGUUUUAUUUUUUGCAGGUUUAGGACUUUGUAUAUAUUUGAGCGUGACAAGAAUUAAAAAACGUGAUAAUGAUAAAAGAACAAACAUCGUCAACAACAGAGAUUUUGAUAAUGAUGAAAUUGCCACCAAUACUAAUGUUAACACUGCUGCUAAUUACGAUGAGAAUGUUAAUAAUACGACAUUAACAACAACAGAAUCAUCAAUAACAUCUUCACAACCAAUACCGAUUAGGGUGACAAAAAGGAAACAAAUACCACCACCUCCAAUACCACCACCUUCGAUACCACCACCUUCAAUACCACCACCUUCAAUACCUAUACCACCUUCAAUACCACCACCUUCGAUACCACCACCUUCGAUACCACCACCUUCGAUACCACCACCUUCAAUACCACCACCUUCGAUACCUAUACCACCUCCACCUUUGUCAUCAUUUAGAAAAUUGCCAAAUAACAGUGAUAGUUAUAAAAGAUACAUGUAUGGUCUAGGAUUUAACACAAUGAGUUCAGGAGCAAAUUUAUCACAUAUGUCAUUAAAUCGAGGAUUUAAUAAUUAUUAUUAUAGAAAAAGUGAUACGAGUGGUGUUAGUGGUGUUGAUGAAAUUAUUAUAAAUGAAAAUUCAAUAAUAAUUGACGAUGAAAGGAAUUAUUUAAAUAGCCCGACAAUACCUUUAACACCAACCAAAGAUUGCUCUUCAAUGCAUUCAACUUCAACUUUUCUUUAUCAUCAUAAUGGCUCAAAAACUAAUCUUAGUAAUAAAGGAAACGGUGUUGUGGAAAAUGGGAAUAAUAAUGAUGACGACGACGUUAAAAGAGAAGAAAAUAUUAAUAAUGAUGGAUGCAUAAAUACACCACCAUCACCAACACAAACAAAAUCGAUUAAAAGGUAUAAUCAUCGUAAUUAUAAUCCAAAAGUAGAAGAAAUAAUACAUUCAACAAAAAAACCGAUCAAUACUACCAAAACAUCACUGUCUCCAACACCUAAAUCUAUUAAAACAUCUUAUGAUCCAAAAAUACAAAAAGAGUCACCAUCAUCAUCAUCAAAAACUGACCCAGAUAAUAACGGUCCUUUAUACCUUGAUUUUGGUGAUUUCACCUUAACUCCAAUUGAUACUGAAAACAUGAAUAACAACAACAAUAAAGGUUAUGAUCCUUUGAAUCCAAGAAAACAUAUUAAACGUAUAGAAUCUGCUCCUGUAAUCCCACAAAUAUCAAUAGAUGAAGAUGAUGCCGGUCUUUUCAAAUCUUCAAUUUAUCCUACGAAAUCUUUGUCAAAUAUAAAUAUGGGUCACAAAAAUAAUCCUUCAAAUAAUGAUCAUAAUAAUAGUAGUGAAACUCCGAAACAAUAUCUUGAAAGAAUGAAAGAAACCCUUUCAAAAUCAAAAUUAGCAACUAUAAAAUUCCUUAUGGAGUGUUAUCUCCCAAAAGAAACACAACAAAUUGACCGUGUGAUGGAAGCUUUUGCAAAAAGAUAUCAUGAAAAUAAUCCUGAACUGUUUCCAUCCUCUGAUACACCUUAUAUUCUUGCAUUUUCAUUAUUAAUGCUCCACACUGAUGCAUUCAACAAAAGUGUAAAGCGUAAAAUGACAAAAGAAGAUUUUAUAAAAAAUACAAGGAUUGACGGUGUUGCUCCAGAAAUUUUAGAGAUACUUUAUGAUAAUGUCACCUUUACACAAUUUAUUUAUGCUGAUGACGAUACUGAUGUAAAUGGUCAGACAAUGAUCGAAUCACCACCAGACAAUCGUCAAUUGAGGUUGUUUAGUUCAUCGAAAGAACGAAGAAAAUCAAUGCGUUCCAGAAAUGACCCAUAUUAUGUUAUACAAUUUAAAAUUCCUACCGAGUUUAAACCAUCUAUUCAUACACUCGUUCCAGUUGAAAAUCCUUAUUCAUACAUGGGAACCCUACCUUCAAUGGACACUACACAUAUCCAUCGUGCAUUUGCUAGUGCACACGCAAUAAGAAUCACCGGCGUACAAACCCGUCAUAACGGUGAAACUUUCAAUCACGCAAAUACUUUACAUCAAUUAGAGGAAGAAAAUGGGACUUUUGUUCUCAAAAUAACUAAAGGUGGUAAAUUAGGUAGGAAGGUUGAUAUGGUCGAUGGUAGGAAAAAAAGUGGUAUAAGAAAUUGGAAACAAUAUGGUGUUAUUUUAAGUGGGAGUCAAUUGAUGUUCUUUAAAGAUGAAGCUUGGUUUAAUAUUAAAAUGGCAGAAUUAAGCGACCCCAAAUCUACACAAAUACCUAUUCUAAGGCCAGACGUGAUACUUAUGACAGCAGAAUCUGUUGCAGUGUAUGAUAAAACAUAUAAAAAAUAUCCAAAUGUAUUUCGACUAGUAUGUCCAAAAGGUCAUCAAUAUCUAUUUCAAGCAGAGAAUGAAUCGGAAAUGAAUGAUUGGAUAACAAAAAUAAAUUAUGCUGCGACAUUUAAAUCAAUUGUUAAUAAAGAUGACGGAGCUAAUGAUGCACACAGCAGGGCUAAUGUUCUAAGGUCAAAGAUUGACGAACUUCAAGGUAAAAUUUCCACACUUACAUCUCAACUUCAGAAUGACGUAAGGUUCAGGAAUAAUUUGUUUAUAAUGAUGCCAUAUAAAACAUCUACACGAGAUCGUAUUAUUCAACUUGCUUUGAUGGUAGCACACCGUAUUAAACACACCUGUUUGGAACUUAGUAGGUUGGUAUGUUAUCAUGAAAUUCUGGAAAAAGAUUUAUGUGCAACUGUCAUGGAAGAUGAUUAUUAUUGGCUGAAUAGAAAAAGUAUGCAUAGACUUGGUGAUAUACCAUUCAUCACCGAGAAAACCAAAAAAUCAGCAACAAUGACGCUUGUCCCAAUGUCAUCAACAUCUUCAUUAUCCACGAUGGCAUGUUCAAGCCCUGUAACAUCAAUAGCAGAUUCAAUUCAAUCCAGUCCACCAAAUUCAAUAGGUAAUGUUUACUUGCAUCCAUCAGAUAUUGAAUUAGAAAUUGUUAAGGAUGACGAUAAUAAUAGCGAUAGUAAUAGCAAAUAUCCAAAUAAUUUUGAGGAAAAAUCUAGUUUUAGAGAUGAUGCUUCAAGUAUUUUAAGUAUGGAAUUUGAAGAUGCAAAAGAACAAAUUGAAAAUACAAUACUUUUUAAUUCGUCAUCGUUUUCAUCAUCAUCAAUUAUUCCAAUAUCAUCUACAAACAACCGAAUUACAAUCGGAUUGAGAUGUAGAAUUACCAUUGGAAAAGCUCCACCUAAAGCGGGUGAUUCAAUAAUUAUACAAUUAGGAUUAACACUUUAUGUCUUUGAGUUAAAAGAUAUCAAUGGAAUAUCAUGA